ACACUGUCCCAAUCUACGGCCUCACCACGCACAAAUUCAGAGUUGGGCCAGGUUGGAAGAGACUUUCGCUAAUCUCUAGAAACCGACUUCUUCAUUUUAUAGAGGAAGGACAUGAGUGCCCUGAUGAGAAAGAGAUUUGUCUGAGCUCAUGCAGCGAGUUGGUGCCAGAGCUGGGGCUUGAACCCAGGCCUCUUGACUCCUCUUCCAGUGAGCUUCCACUCUACCAGGUGCUGUGCAUAUUCGUGGUAUUUAAACGGGAGCUCACAUGGAGAGAAAGAGACCACUAAUCUCCUCCAUCUAGUAAGCUGCCUGCACGAAGGAGCAGGGUAGGGCCCUGCUAAAAGAGGAGGUGUCAUCUGUGGCUUCCCCCUGCUCUACUCAACUGAGCUAGAUCAUUAUCUUCUGAGUAGCAGCCCCCACCCUAUUGGAAAUGUUGAAACAUUUGCCACUGACUUCCAGUGACUGAGAAGCUUCGGGGUGGGGGAGUGGGGAGAUGUUUCCGUCAGGACAUCGCUGAAACACAGGCUGGGAUCAGACCUUGCUCAUGGCCCCGGAGAUGUGUCCCACCCUCAGGGGAGGCUCCUGCCAUGGUGACCAGCACUGACGGGGAUCCAGAAAGGACUUCUCUGAUACCCAGAACAAAGGUCUCCUGACGGGUCUGCUGGCGCCACUACUUGGAAACGAGGUGCCCAGGGUGGCUCCUCUCAAGUCUCUUCCUGCUGCACCGGGAAGCGCCUGAGCCCCACUCACAACCCCAGGCCGCCCUGCAGGAAGCUGGCCAUGCUGACAGAAGGCAUGCAGCUCUGGCAUGGCUUAGUGAUCGCAUUCGUGUCCCUGGUCCUACAGGCCUGCCUCCUCACAGCCAUCUACUACCUGCUCAGCAGACACAUGGCCAAAGAGAACGAACAGUUACUCAGAAGAUCCAGGCUCUGGGCCCCCAGGCCCAGCCCUGCCCACCACUGCUCACCUGCUGCACAGGAGACGAAGGAGAUGGAGACUGGGGCAGAGAGCAGCACCCCUGCGCGGGAGUCCCAUUACAGGAAUAACUGCCACACAUCCUCAGAGAGCUCCGACACCUCGGACAGCACCGGCCACUCGCCUCCCACCUGCCAGGCCACCAGGAAUGUGAAUUACACCCAAGUGGUCUUCCCAGCCACAGGAAGACUAGAGAACACAUCCGCCCUGGACUAUGAGGACAUCGAGGACGUGACAGAUUAUGUCAAUGUCGACCCAAAAAGCCACAAGCACAAUUUCUGGACUUUCGUGAACCCUGCUGCCUCUGAGUCUGUGGAAUACUCUCAAGUGGCCAUGUGAAUUCCAGGGUCUGCUUUUUUAAAUGGGGUCAAGUUCUCUACAAAUUCUCGUACUUAUUUUGUAGGGAAUUACUUUCUGUUUUUUGUGUGUGUGUGUGUGUGCGUUUUAACAAGGCUUGGGAGGAAAAAAUAGGCUGUAUCUCAGCAAGAAAGGCUCAGGUGGGAAGCUAGGAUGAGCUUCCAGGUUGAGUCUGAGCUCACUGAAGCAGAUCAGUAGGGAAAGUGGGGAAGUCUCAAUAAGAAAAUUGUUUUAAAAGAUUUUAAUCAGCUAUAGUAGAGUCGCGUUUGGCAGUCUUACGAUUAAAUUAACCUUUGAGCUAUUUAAUUAUUGGCAGCGAACAACUUCUUUACACGUUUUAAAUAAAACGGCAACCACCAGUUCCUCUUUUCCUCUUGCCCAGCCCAGCGUGUGUCCCUUUCUCAGAGCUGUGCCUGCUGAGUGAUCCUGCUUUGCCCUCAGAACUUUAAAUAGUCCACUUAGAAGGCCCACUAUCGCUCAACCUUUGAACUCACUGUUUCUUAUGAACGAGAGAUGAAAAUACCGCCUGAUAAACGCCAACCAGUAUCACAAUCUGUUACUACAAGAGCAACUUCCCAAAUUUAAUCUAAUAAAAUGUA